AUGGCAGCUUCAUCAUAUACGGCAUUUACAGUGAAGUACUCUGUUCAGAAAAAACCCAGCAUUGUCUCCCACAAAUUUUAUCACUUCAUUAUUCCACUAUCCUCUGCUUUCAAGCCGAUCUUGGGAUCUUUUCCUCAAUUCCCUUUGCAAAUUGAUGUACCCAAAACUCUGACCAACACAACAGCUAAAAUACUGGACGCUUUCGUGGAUUCAGUCUUUGAGUUCAUUGACCAGCCCCUGCUUCCAUCUCAGAGUAACUUUGCUCCUGUGGAGCAGUUAGAGGAAGCCACGCUUAUCACAGCCAUAGAAGGAGAUAUCCCACAUGAUUUUCAAGAGGGUGUCUAUGUUAGAAAUGGCCCAAAUCCAUUAUUUGGAGGAUUGAAAACAACCAAAUCUAUCUUUGGAAGGUCAAGUCAUAUCUGGGUAGAAGGAGAGGGAAUGCUUCAUGCUUUGUAUUUUAAGAAAGCAAGUGACGGGAAUUGGACGGUCAUCUACAAAAACAGAUAUGUCGAAACCGAAACUUACAAGCUAGAGAAACAAAGAAACAAGCCUUCCUUUCUGCCGGCCAUAGAAGGCGAUUCACCUGCCAUUUUGUCUGCCUAUCUCCUGAACUGGUUACGAUUUGGAAAAGUGAACAAAUACAUUAGCAACACCAACGUGUUUGAGCAUUCAGGGAAGUUUUACUCCGUUGCUGAAAAUCACACCCCACAAGAGAUUGACAUCAUCAACCUCAAAACCUUAAGAAAUUGGAAUAUCAAUGGAGCAUGGAAUCGACCUUUUAUAAGCCACCCAAAGAAAGCUCCAGCUACAGGAGAGCUAAUUAUAAUGGGGGUGUCUCCAACUAAGCCUUUUGCUACACUAGGAAUCAUUUCAGAUGAUGGAAAGAAAUUGAUUCAUAAAGUGGAUAUCAAAAUGAACAGGUGCAGUCUUUGCCAUGAAAUAGGCGUUACAGAACGGUUUAAUGUGAUCAUGGAUUUUCCGCUAACCUUGGAUCUAAACAGACUUAUUAGAGGAGGCCCAUUAAUAGAGUAUAAUAAGGAGGAAUACGCAAGAAUGGGGGUAAUGCCCCGCUAUGGUGAUGCCAACUCGAUCCAAUGGUUUGAGGUGAAACCUAAUUGCACAUUUCACAUCAUCAACUCUUUUGAGGAUGCCCAUGAGGUUGUAGUGUGGGGAUGCAGAGCUCUUGAUUCGGUAGUUCCUCGGCUUGACCCUAGUUUGAAUCCAUUUGAGGCAUUCUCUCGCUGUUAUGAGUGGAGAUUGAAUCUGCAAAGUGGGGAAGUUAAGGAGAAGGAUCUCGGUGGAACUAAAGUACUGAGUAUGGAUUUUCCUAUGAUUAAUGCAAAUUUUAUAGGUACUAAGAAUAGAUAUGGUUACACUCAAGUGGUUGAUCCUGCAGCUAGCUCCACUGCAGGAGUGCCUAAAUAUGCAGGUCUAGCCAAGCUUUACUUUGAAAAACCAUGCAUGGAUUUGUCUGCGAAUAACAUAGAGCACGAAGAGCCUCUAAGGGUCGAAUACCACAUGUUUGAGAAGAAUGUAUUUUGCACGGGAGCAUCCUUUGUCCCAAAAAGUGAUGGGAUUGAAGAAGAUGAUGGUUGGAUCGUCACUUUUAUUCACAACGAAGAUACCGACAUAUCUCAAGUUCAUAUGAUUGACACAAGAAACUUUUCGGGAGAGGCAGUUGCCAGAAUUACGAUGCCUCAACGAGUUCCAUAUGGCUUUCAUGGAGCAUUCAUGCCAAUAUCAUUGGAAGCUUAAUUUGUCAGUGCUGGUCAUCACCCCCUGAGCAAAUGCAGAACAAAUAAUGGCAUGUGUAUAUUCUUGAAAAUACCUUGUUCCUUUUUUUGGGGAUUGGGGUUCCCUUUCCCUGUGCCGCUCACAGUGUGUUGUAACUUGUAUUUUGAUUCCUAAGCCAUGUCAUUGCCUGUAAAAGAAAUGACGUUGGUGGUGUGACAGAAGCAAAGUUGUUAAGAGGACGUGUGAGUAGCGAGUACUAUAGAUGCAGGUGAACCCAAUGGCAGAAGACACGAGUGAGGUUAGGUGGAUGUCUUUUGUACAUUUUUUUUGUGUAUAUUGAAUUGAGUUGUUUCUUUUAUUUACUUCGCACGUUAUCACCACUUAAAUCCCGGUCGGAUUUUGAUC